AUGCAGUCCUUUCUCCAAUAUCGACGCAUGCGCAGGGACCUGCAAGAAAGCAUUAAGUUGCACGGCCGGUAUGCCGCAGCCGGUGAUCGUCAUGUACAGCCGACCGGGGAUAUCUUAGAGGAUGCCGAUGACGCCAGGUUGGAGAAAGGCAUCCAUUCCAUGAAUGGGGAGGGUCAUUCGCCAUUCGCAACGCCUGGAAUCGUGCUACAUGACGGCCAAAGAGUGACGGUUCCCGGCGUUAACCUCCGGCGCGCAUCGCAAAUUGUUGAGCGAAUCGACACGCAAACACUUUUCAUUGUUGGUUUUGAUGGGCCGGAUGAUAAGCUCAACCCCAAGAAUUGGUCCACAGGACGGAAAUGGGUGACAUUGGGCAUAGUUGGCACAACGGGUCUGCUUGUCGGAUGGGCUUCGUCCAUCGACUCCACCGUGAUCAAACAAGGGCAGGAAGCAUUUGGAGUCAGUGAGGUUGCCGAAUCUCUGGCCACUGCACUAUUUCUAUUCGCUUUUGGCGUCGGCUCUCUUGUAGCGGCUCCCUUUUCGGAAACUGUUGGGCGGAAUCCGGUGUACAUCGUGACAUUGUCGAUCCUUAUGAUCUUCACAAUGGCAUCGGGUCUAGCCCCGAAUUUCGGUGCGCAGCUUGCCUUUCGCUUUCUAGCUGGGCUGUUCGGAUGUACUCCGAUGACCACCUUUGGCGGCAGCAUGUCUGACAUAUUUGACCCCAUCGACCGCACAUACGCCUUCCCGAUUUGUUGUACGCUAUCCUUCUUAGGGCCGUUCCUCGCCCCAAUGGUGGGCGCUUUCAUUGGCCAAAGCACGCACAUUAGCUGGCGCUGGACGGAAUGGGCAACGCUGCUCAUGGCAGCGCUCGUGACUGUCUCCAUCUUUCUCUUCGUCCCAGAAACCUAUGGUCCCAUACUUUUGCAGUGGAAGGCGAAACUACUGCGUGAAAUCACCGGCGACCAGCGGUUCAUGGCGGAGUUCGAACUGCGCCAGACAUCACUGGUCACUCGGCUAAUGCACAGCUGCUCGCGCCCCUUCAAUCUAUUCUUUCGCGAGAUUAUGGUCGCGCUCUUCACCAUGUAUCUGGUCGUCGUCUACAUUGUACUGUUCGGCUUCCUAACGGGCUAUGAGUUCAUCUUCGGCAAGACAUACGGGUUCACGCAGGGGUCGGUGGGUUUGACGUUCAUCGGCAUGAACGUAGGAUUCCUCAUUGCCUUCUCCAUGGUGCCUCAUGUGUACUUUUCAUAUAAGAAGCGACUCCUCAAGGCCAGAGAAAAUGGACACGAUGGCCUCCCACCGGAAGAGCGACUUUGGUUCGCUAUGUACGGCGCUCCUUGGCUGCCGAUUUCUCUUUUCUGGAUGGGUUGGACCAGCUAUCCGUCCAUCUCCUACUGGUCGCCCUUGGUCGCCUCGGUCGCCUUCGGAUUCUCUGUCCAGGGGAUCUUCAUUUCCACCUAUAUGUACCUCAUCGACACUUAUGAGCUCUUUGCCGCCAGUGCACUAGUGAGUGCAACCUUCUUCCGUUAUAUCGCGGCCGGUGCGAUGGUCAUCGUGUCGAUCCCGAUGUAUAGCAACCUAGGGGUUCAUUGGUCUCUGACAUUGUUGGGAUGUAUCUCCGUUCUGAUGACACCCGUGCCGUAUAUUUUCUAUAAGUAUGGUAAUGUGAUUAGACAGCGGAAUAAGAAGACGCCUUGA